GUGCGUUAUAAAUAGUAAAGGUUAAUUAGUUAGCUGGGAAAUCGGAUCAGGGGCGGGCAGUCAGAAUUUGAUCCAUAGUCAGGUAACUCAAGCAAACCCUAUUGUCACUGCAAUCAGACCUAUAUAAAUCGACCUUGACGGACAGCAGUCACCACACAGCUUCACCUCUCAGCUGCAUCACCGACCGACCAGGCAGAAAUCCCAACGCGAGGCUGUUCUUCCGACAGGAAUAAAAUGUCGAUCUCAUCUGUCCUUUCUGCUGAUGCCGUUGACAAUGCCAUCAAGGACUGCCAAGCUCCGGACUCUUUCUCCCCAAAGAAGUUCUUCCAGUUGUGUGGCCUCGCCAAGAAGAGCCCACAGGAUGUGAAUAAGGUUUUUGGGAUUCUGGACAAUGAUGCCAGUGGGUUUAUUGAGGAGGAAGAGCUGAAGUUUUUCCUCCAGAGGUUCUGCCCUGGGGCUCGGGUCCUGACGGACAAGGAGACCAAAGCCUUCCUGAAAGCUGCUGAUGGGGAUAGCGAUGGCCGAAUUGGAGCCCAAGAGUUUCAGGCUUUGGUCUUGUCCUAAACUGGCGGAAACCCCUUCAUCUACAUCUGACCUCUAUCGACCGCCGCCAGAUGACACUUAAAGGGCUCCUACUGUAUUCAUUUUUAUUGUAGUUAAACAAAACCACUUUCCAAUGUCAUGAUUUCACAAAAGUGUUGUCAACUAACCCUUCCUUGCCUGUCAUGCAUUAGCUUUUUUGUUCUUUAUAUCUAUCAGUUCCAUCAUAAAUAUGAGUUGCUAAAACUAAUAAGCACUUAACUGCUAAAAUAAAAGGAUAAAACCUAA